UGCAUAUGACAACACAAGAUCUGAGUUUGCAUGAUUUCACUCUAAAAUUACCUUUCAGUGUCUUAUUUUACAUGCCCACACCCUACCCCAAAGCCACAUAUCCACGUUUUUGUCUGUUUUCGAGACUACACCUCUAGAGUUAAGUUUUUGAUACUUUUUCACGAGCGUAUACAGUGGAUUUAUUUCUGCUAUUACCCCCUUACCUUAUUAAUUAGGCUUUCACUUUUUAGUGUUUGUCAGACAGAAUUUAAAGCUUCUGUUCUUUUGAUAGGCAGUCUAACUGAUGUUAUGUGUGUGUUGUGUAGGUUGGCCAACUGUCCCACCUCUCUAUAAUGCCCCAGUGUUUGCAGCAUCUGCAGUGAACAUGAUGGCAGCCCAGGUUUCCAUAGACAAGUACCCAGAAGGAGAGCAGCAGUGCUCACGACGUUUCCACAUUCAUCGCUGGGACAUAAACACAACGUAGAGCCGUGUUGGAUGGAUUGGGAGGGUUGAAGGAUUUGUUUUGUUUUGCUACUGAGAGUAAACAACAACGCAACAAAACAACGGACUAUAAACAACAUGGACUGAGACAAACGCGAACCUUGUCCUCGAGCGGCAGCUCUGCCCUUCUCAGCAAGUCACCUCUGUGGCCCCUGCUCCAGAAGACCAAACAUUAUGGAGAGGGCUCCACUGCGACAGAGCCAGCUGUGUGGCUCCUGGGAGAUGAAGGAGAGGCUUGGGAUAGGGGGCUUUGGACAUGUCUACCUGUACCAACACCUGGAAACAGGAGAGAAGAUUGCUGUGAAAUUGUGUCGCCUGGAGCUGAACUCCAAGAACAAAGAUCGCUGGAGCAGAGAGAUACAGAUCAUGAAGAAGUUGAGUCAUGUGAACGUUGUUCGAGCCAGAGAGGUUCCCGAGGAGAUGAGCUCCAUUGCUUUGAAUGAUCUUCCUCUGCUGGCCAUGGAGUACUGCUCCAGAGGAGACCUGCGCAAGAUGUUGAAUAAACCAGAGAACUGUUGUGGCCUAAAGGAAAGUGAAGUCCUCUCGCUGCUCAGUGACAUCGGUUCUGGCAUCCAGUAUCUUCAUGAGAAUAAGAUUAUCCACAGAGACCUGAAGCCAGAGAAUAUAGUACUACAAGACGUCAAUGGGAAGCUUGUUCAUAAAAUCAUAGAUCUUGGCUAUGCCAAAGACCUAGACCAGGGCAGUCUCUGUACAUCCUUUGUUGGAACUUUGCAGUAUCUGGCUCCAGAGCUUUUUGAGAAUAAGCCCUACACUGUGACUGUGGACUACUGGAGUUUUGGUACAAUGCUCUUUGAAUGCACUUGUGGCUUUCGCCCCUUUCUGCACCACAUGCAGCCUGUACAGUGGACAAGUAAAGUAAAGAACAAAGGUCCAAAAGACAUCAUGGCAGUAGAAGACAUGAAUGGAGAAGUCAGGUUCUCCGCACAUCUUCCAUAUCCCAACAACCUCAGCAGGCCGCUGCUGGAGCCAGUGGAGUCUCUUCUGCAGAUGUUGUUAAUGUGGGACCCUGCGACUCGUGGUGGAGGGCUGGACCCCGACACAAACCAGCCCUGCUGCUACACUGCUCUCCAGAAUAUUCUCAACAUGAAGGUGAUUCACGUGUUGGACAUGACAUCAGCCCAGUUGCACUCCUUGGUUCUGGGUCCUGAAGAGGGCUUACACUCUCUGCAACAGCGUCUGGAAACACACACUCACACACACAUCCCUCCGCUUAGUCAGGAGCUGCUGUUGGAGACGGGGGUCUCCCUCGACCCACGCAGACCACCUGCACACUGCCUCCCAGAUGGUCUGCAAGGUUGGGACAGCUCCAUAGUCUACCUCUUUGAUAAGAGUCUGACAAAAUACUCUGGACCCCUGACUGCCAGACCUCUGCCGGACAGCGUCAACUUUAUAGUUAGGGAAACCAAGACGCAGCUUCCACUGGCAACGCUGAGGAAGGUGUGGGGGGAAGCAGUCAGCUACAUCUGCGGAUUAAAAGAGGACUACAUACGCCUGUAUCGGGGACAGAGGGCUGCCAUGCUGAGUCUGCUGAGAUACAACACCAACUUAACGCGGUACAAGAACCUGCUGUUCUCCCAUUCUCAGCAGCUCCGAGCCAAGCUGGCUUUCUUUCAGACCAGCAUCCAGCAUGACCUUCAGCAGUACACUGAGCAGAGACAGACGGGCAUCUCUUCAGCAAAAAUGCUGAAGGCCUGGCAGGACAAUGAAGGGAAGGCUGCUGGGUUUGCACAGGUUGCAGAGGUGGGGUAUUUGGAUGAAGAAAUUGUGUCUCUACACUCUGAGAUUGUGGAGUUGCAGAGAAGUCCAUUUGCAAGGAGACAAGGAGACGUUAUGGAGCAGCUGGAGGAAAAAGCCAUUGAACUCUACAAGCAACUGAAAGCUAAAUGCAAAAGUCCUGACCCCCCACAUGGCUACAGUGAUAGUUCAGACAUGGUGAAGGCCAUUCUCCAAACGGUUCAGAACCAGGACAGAGUUUUAAAAGACCUGUACACUCAUCUAAGUACGAUUCUGGUGUGUAAGCGGCGUAUUGUCGAUUUGUUCCCAAAGUUGGAGACAGCGGUAGAGAACAUAAAAGCCGCAGAGGCAGCAGUGAUGCAGAUGCAAAUGAAGAGACAGAGGGAAUUCUGGUACCUUCUCAAGAUUGUCUGUGCCCAGAGCAAUCCAUCACAGUCACUUCUGCAAAGUCCCGCUGUCAGUGAAUCCGUUCAUCAACUACUCGAGGAAAAUCAGCGUUAUCUGACCCAGCUGACUUCUUUACUGCAAGACACCACCCAGGAGAUGGAGCACAGUGUCAUGGUACAGCAUGUGUGUGUGUGUGAGGAGGAUCAGGACUGGAGCUGGACUGAGUAUGGAUCAGUGAAAGCCGAACCACAGAACCUGCAGAAACUGGCGACAGGACUCAGUAAUACAAAUACAUGAACGACUCUUACCAGAGCUACAGUCACUGAAAGCUUUUUUCCUACAGAAUGUCAAUAUGCAUAAUAUUCUGAGACAGAUCAUGAAUUUACUUUACUACAAAAUAAGGUUGCUCUUGGACGCUAUUCAUGUUUUUAAUUUAAAUGUAAAGACCUACAUCUGGCUGUAACCAAGUCUUAUUUAUUUUAUCUGUAGUCAUGAGUAGAGUAAGAGAGUGCUGCUGACAAACCAUGUAUGAUACAAUGUGUGUCAAUUUUAUGAAGGUAUGGCGGUUCUCCACCAAGAUUUUUUUUUUGUUUGUUUUUAAAAUUAGACAAUAAAUUGCUAGUCCUAUUAUCGAUUUUCAGAGGGCAACUCCAAUUUUGUCUCAUCUAUGCAUGUGUUAAACUGUUGAGCGUAGUCAGCAUUUGGGUGUUUACAUUCACAAAGUGGACCAGACCACUGUCUCUUCACAUACAGGAAAUUGUCUGUUUAGAGGACCCGGGGUUCAAAUUUCUUUUGAGAGCUGCUGUAACCCAAACAAUAUGAGGACUGAAUAGAUAGAAGUCGUACAAGUAAAAUAGAGGAUUGCACUGUUGUUUGAGAGUUAACUGUAGUAGUAGUAGUAGUAGUAGUAGUAGUUGUUGUUGUUGUGCCAAGGGCAACUGCAGCAUUGUACAGUGCGGGAACAACAAUCAAGCUCACAUUUUAGAGUGUCACAUUUUUAAAAAAUGUAUCAUGAAAUACAUCAGUGUAAAGAUCUGUUAAACAUGAGUUCACAGGCUUGAAAAGAGGAAUCCAUCAUACUUUUUUUGACGGCAAUCAUUCAUUCUUGUAUCAAGACGAUGAUUUCUCAGAUGAAGACAAAUACUCAAACACCACCUUCUGAUAACACAUACAUAAAAAUGAAUAAAAGUGUUUUGUUUUUA